AUGCCCAAUCGUAGAGUCCGUCGUGGCCGGGCCGCCCAGCAAUGCUUCUGGCGAUCAUUUGAUGCGACCCAACGCGCCACACUUCUGCGAGCGACCAGAUCUGACGGCGUUGUGCUGAGGCACCCGACCGACACCAGCCCGGACAACAUGUGCGAGAUGGUCCCCGAGUGCAAUCUCCGCGACAUGGCAGAGUCCGGGCCCGACUUUUUCCUCGACCUCCUCAAACACCGCGCAACCACAACUUUAUUCCAGCAGUACUUCAACGGACCCGAUGGCGGCCCAGGAGACCAUGCCGUCAUCAUAAAGAUACUGAGAACUCGGAACCUUCUCCACGGGCUGCGGUACCACACUUGCUUCACCUUGUUCUCACUCGGAGGAUUUAUCCUGGGGAGGCAACUAGGCAUAACCCAGCUCCUCAUCAUGCUCAUCAGCGGUAUCCUGGACCAGGGAUCCAAAACCAGGGCCAAAAAUGAACCGCCCGCGAUUCCCGACAAGGGGGCAUCGGCUGCUCUGGCCAAGUUGACCAUUACAGAUGAAGAUCAGUCAUCUCCCCCGGAGAUUGUUCUCGCAGACUUGAUCACCAGCACCCGAGAGCACAAGGAGACAUUGGACGAGCUGCUCAACCUCGUCUGCACCGAGCCCGUUGUGCUCGCCCACGCCGUCGACACACGGUUCUUCACCCAGCCCGAGCUGCUCCCCGACGAAAAGGGCGUUUGGCUUCCAUUCUUCACCGACCGGUACAUCAGCGGCAUUAUCCUCGAAACCAUCCAUAUUGCCGUUCAGCAUGUGGCGAUUUGGGACUACCUCUGCCAACUCCUCGAGCUCUUCGACAAGCGAGCAACAAACGAUGAACUCUACCACAGUAUUCUUCUUCAAGAGCUUGCCAGCCUUUGUGAUCUAGAGUUUACCCGCGCGCAGGGCCUGUCCAGGCGCCAUCUCCAAGCCGGAAGCGGCAAAAGGUUUUCCAAGCGCCAGCCUGAUAGACACGACAAGGCUGGGAACGCCCUCGUGUCCAUGAACUGCAACAUGAAAAAGCUUGCCAAGACAGAUACACAGCUGUUCUACAUGAUGCGCCUCUGCAGUCCCGAAACAACCCCCAGGAAGCUGGCGAUUAGCAAGGAAGUCGAGGGGCUGGGCGAGCUUAUUAUCAUCACCAGCUUCAUCCAGGACCUUCGGUCCGUCGCAUCGCUCCCGCCCCUGUCCGCUAAAAGGGGGCGGCUGUUUUUGUCGCGCCUGCAAGACCUCAAUAUCGAAGUGUCCCAGCUCAAGGGCCAAAUUGACCUUCUUGAGUUUGCGGCUCCCAUCCGCAACCUCCUCGAGCCAGGGAUGUCCGAGGCCGCAUUGAAGAAGCUAGAUCAGUUUGUCAUAGACAAGCUCGGCACCAAAAUCGGUUUCCUUUACGAAGACAUGGUGCUUGAAAGCCUCGCCGCCCUCGAAAAGCAGUACCAGGUAGCCAAAGCGAAGCUCGACGAACAACGGGCAAAAGCAGCCACACAACACCGGGAACCCCAGAUGAUGGACUGGGAACCCACCGCUGCACCCCCACCUCAAGAAGAGCGCAUCAAACAACGGAAACAAAAGGAAAAGACCCGUCCGGCCCACUCCUCCGUCUACGACAUCACCAACCCCCAACCUCCCACCCUCGACAACACCAAGUCCACCUCCCAAACCCCCUCCCCGGAACCUAUCCCCGUCUCGUCCUCCACCGCCGCCGUCUUCUCCACCUUCUUCGACAGAUCCCAAUCCCGCGGUUCCGUCGAAUGGUCCGCCUUCGUGGCCGCCAUGGCCGAUCUAGGGUUUUCCGUCACCCCCAGGUUCGGAUCUGUCUACACUUUUACUCCUCCGGCUCUUUCCAAGCAGGCCUCAAAGCUAGGCUCAGACGUGAAACGCCCGCUUACCCUCCACCGACCACAUCAAUCACGGAUUGAAGGGUAUUCACUGUUGAUCUUUUCGCGGAGACUGAAGAGGGUGUAUGGAUGGGGGGAGGGGACGUUUGUGGUGGCUUAA